UGAAAAGAAAAGAAAGGUAGUUCUAGUGCGAGAAGCAACUCAACUUAUUCAUUUGAUUCAGAUUGUUUAUAUUCUUCUUCAACUUUUCUUUUCCUACGUCAAAACUCAAAACCUCAUUCUCAGUCUCUCUCUACAAUGGCGACUCCACCUGUGGUCAGAUUUCCGAUCUUCGCAACGGUUAGAGCUAUUGGAGUUCUCAUCAUUCUGCUACUCCUAACGUGGGUUAUUCAUUUCAGGGGAGGUCUCGCUCUCUUUUCCGAAAACAAAGAUCUCAUCUUCAAUGUUCAUCCGGUGUUGAUGGUGAUUGGGCUUGUUCUAAUCAAUGGUGAAGGGAUGCUUGCAUACAAGACAGUAUCUGGAACUAAAAACUUCAAAAAAUCAGUUCAUCUGGCAUUACAGUUUCUCGCUCUCAUUUUGAGCAUAAUUGGUCUCUGGGCUGCUUGGAAGUUUCACAAUGACAAGGGAAUUGACAAUUUCUACAGCUUGCAUUCAUGGUUAGGCCUUGCAUGCCUUUUCCUCUUCUUCAUCCAGUUGGCUGCUGGAUUUGCAACAUUUUGGUAUCCAGGAGGUUCAAGAAAUAGCAGAGUUGCAUUAAUGCCAUGGCAUGUAUUCUUUGGUACCUAUAUCUAUGCUUUGGCUAUAGCUACCACAACCACUGGUCUUUUAGAGAAAGCUACAUUCCUUCAAACCAACAAUGUCAUAUCGCGAUAUUCCAAUGAAGCAAUUCUGGUCAAUUUCUUAGGCAUUUUGAUUGUUGCUUUAGGUGGCUUUGUUAUUCUUGGUCUCGUUACCCCGACUUUUAAUAAAGCUGAUGUUAUAAGAGGAAAUGAAUGAGUGAGUGAUUGAAUAAUUCAAAAUUGAGAACAUGAAUACUUGAAAGAUGUAUUCUCUUAGGCUGUAAUGGAUUGUUGUAUGAACAUACCCUUGAACAUAUAUACACAAGUUUAAUUUUCAUUUCA